AUGUGGGGGACGGUCUGUGUGUUGCUGUGUGUCUGUGUACACUCUCUGGCAAUGCCCAUUGGUGGACAACGCAGCUCGGCCCGAAGUAAAGUCCUGCUGAUUUCCUUUGAUGGCUUCAGGUGGGACUACGACAGAGAUGUGGACACACCUAACCUGGACAAAAUGGCAGAAGACGGGGUGAAGGCCCCCUAUGUGACCCCUCCCUUCCUCACCAUUACCAGUCCGACUCAUUUUACACUGCUUACAGGUAAAUACAUAGAGAACCAUGGCGUGAUCCACAACAUGUGGUUCAACACCAGCACCUCUGAGAAGAAGUCAUAUUACCAAACACAGUUUGUGAAUGAUUGGUGGGACAACGGCACCCUGCCAAUCUGGAUCACUGCUCAAAGACAGGGUCUGCGGGCGGGUUCACUCCACUUUCCUGGAACAGCAUCAACCUACCAAGGUAAGCGCAUUGAGGUGCAUGAGGUGGAGCCAGCCUUCUAUAAUUACAGCAAUGAGACCUUAUGGCACAAGAACAUUGACAAGGUAAUGGGCGAAUGGUUCAAAGAGAAAGACCUGGACUUUGUGUCCUUGUACUUUGGUGAACCGGACAGCACAGGCCACAAGUAUGGUCCAGACUCUCAGCAGCGCAGGGAUAUGGUGAAACAGGUCGACAGAGCGGUGGGCUACCUGCGAGACUCUGCCGAGACCAAUGGCCUCACCCAGCGCCUUAACAUCAUCAUCACUGCUGACCAUGGCAUGACCACUGUGUUCCGUGGUGGCUUAGUGAACGAGAUUGUCUUGUACAAGAUCCUGGGAUUCUCCUUCAAAGAUCUGGAUUUUCACCUGGUGGACUAUGGACCAGCUGGCAUGCUCCUUCCUAAAGAGGGUAUGCUGGACAAAGUGUAUAAUGCUCUGAAGGGUGCUCAUCCACAUCUCCAUGUCUACAAGAAAGAGGAAAUGCCCGAAAGGCUGCACUUUGCCCGGAAUGACCGCAUAUUGCCCAUAAUAAUCUGGGCUGAUUUGGGAUAUGUCAUUAAUGGGUACUUCCCUGUGCAAACCAACAAGGGAGAGCACGGCUUCGACAAUGACGAUUUGGAUAUGAAGCCAUUCUUUCGGGCAGUGGGACCCUCUUUUCGAAAGAAUGUUGUGGUGGAGCCAUUUGAGACAGUGCACAUCUACUCACUGAUGUGCCACCUGCUGGGCAUCACACCAGAACCCAACGAUGGGAACCUGGAGGUCACUCGUGGCAUGCUGCUUUCGUCCGAGCAAAAGCAGGAUAAACCAUCUGUUUUGUCUAACGUAUUUAUCGGCCUGGGUGCUGUGGCUGGUUUUCUGGUCAUCGUGUUCACUGUCGUUGUGACCAGAGGCAUCCUUAAGCGCAGGAGGAAAGAACAGAGAGUUGCUGAAUCUGAGAAAUCUGAAGACGCAAAACAAACAUCAUUGUAG